AUGUACUUCGACUUCGUCGGGGUGCUGUCGAAUGUCGGGAGAAUUUGUCGCGGGCGAAAGCGGAGACUGGGCGAGGAGGACUCGCCUGAAGUUACCGAGUAUCGGUGGGUGAAGAUGAUUGAUAGCAGCUCGUCGCACGAGCUCGUUCUCAAGCUCACUGAGUGCUCCCAGCCCGCGGUGUUCCGAUCCCUUGAGGCUGGCAACACCUUGAUGAUCACCAAGCUUCAAUGGGUCAUGCUACCGGGGGCUGGUACGGCGGAGAAGCGGAUCCAGUAUGCGACGACGAGCGUGUUCUCUGUUCUUCGCAUGAACGAAGCUGUGCGGCCGUUCCACUCCAUCGAAGAGUGCAGCCUGAACGUCUACUUCGCGAAUAGCAUCAAGAAGAACGCUGUUCUAGACUCGCGCAAAGAGUUUGGAGAGAGCAAGCUGACUGCGCACAUUGAGAAAAAAUAUCGGCCUCGGAAUUGCCUGCCAUCGGAUGUUGAAGAGUUCAAGGAAGCGUUCAACCUGAAAGUGUGUUCGUUCAGGGACUUGAAGCUGCUGGGGGUACGUAUGGGGGCCUCUGAGCAACUGCACGUUGGCUUCGUCGGCCAAGUGCGGGCUAUCAGCAACGAAGACAAGCGGACAAAAGACGGACCAUCAGUGUUGCUGGAGCUCUUCGACCCCAACGGCGACACCAUUGAAAUUCUGACUGUGGCGGUGAGUAUCAAUCCGCUGUACCAGAGGCCAGUCGUCAACGGAAGCGUCAAGACAGCCACGCCACCCGAGGCACUCCCUUUGGUUCGCCUACUUCCCGCCACGGUUCGCGACUUCUUCUUCUCCCUGCAGCUCUAUCGCGACGGAGUUGGCCACGUGACCUGGGAGGUCGACGCGAUUCUCGAGGUCCCGUGA